AUGAGCCUGACCUAUGCGUCUGUUGCAGCCCCCAGCCACAGCGCUCUACAGGUAGUCCACCGCAACGGUCCUUGCGCGGCCAAGUCUGUCAGCAAACUCACCCAGCUUGAAGUCCUUGUCCAGGAUUCCCUGCGAGUCGCUUCACUGCAGGAAAAAGUUUCCGGCGUCUCACGUGGAAACAAUACACUGCUUCUAGGAAGCCAGAUCUCCAUUCCGGCGAGGAGUGGCCUGUACCUCGGCACCGGUAAUUACGUCAUUACGGUCGGCUUUGGCACCCCAACGAAGGCCCAGACUGUCAUCUUCGAUACCGGCAGCGACGUGAACUGGAUCCAAUGCAAGCCGUGCGCUGUAAGCUGCUACUCGCAGCAGGAGCCGUUGUUCGAUCCCGCACUCUCGUCUACCUACCGUACCUUCACCUGCACCGCUCCCGCGUGCCUCCGACUUGGAAAGAGAGGUUGCUCGGGCACCACCUGCGUCUAUGGGGUGACCUAUGGCGACGGAUCCUCCACCCUUGGAUUCCUCGCCAGGGAUACCUUGACUCUGACGUCCACCAACGUGUUCAGCAACUUCAUAUUUGGGUGCGGCCAGGACAACAAAGGGUUGUUUAGGGGUGCCGCCGGGCUGAUCGGGCUCGGACGCAGUCUCUACUCGCUGAAUUCACAGGUGGCCAACAGCCUGGGCGAUAUAUUCUCCUACUGUCUCCCUUCCACUAGCAGUUCCACCGGCUACUUCAACAUCGGCAAUCCGCUGGGAAGUACCGUUUUUUACACGCCGAUGCUGACCAGUUCACUUGCUCCCAGCCUCUACUUUAUUGACCUCAUUGGAAUUACCGUAGGGGAGAUACAGCUUCCAUUGUCGCCGACCGUCUUUCAAUCUGUCGGGACAAUCAUAGACUCCGGGACGGUGAUCACUCGCUUACCCCCUGCGGCCUACAACGCCUUACGGACGGUCUUCCGUGCCGCCAUGACGCAGUACCCACUGGCUCAAGGGAAUACGCUACUGGACACUUGCUAUGACUUCAGUAACCUGGAGAGCAUAACAUAUCCGGUGAUCAAGCUUCGGUACACGGAUCUCGAGGUCCCGCUCACGGCGACAGGGGUGUUCUUCGUCAUUAGCUCCGCACAGGUUUGCCUGGCAUUCGCUGGGAACUCGGAUUCCACCGAGAUCGGCAUCAUCGGCAACGUUCAGCAAAGGGCGUUCGAGGUGACCUACGACAAUAUUCAGAAAAGGAUCGGGUUCGCAGUUGGGACUUGCAGCUGA